AGAAAAAACUUCCUAUGCCAGUGUUGUGGAUUGCGAAAAUAAAAUAUCAGCUGAGCUACCAUUUUCGCGAACAGCUGCUGCGUCAUUUCUAGAUAUUUCCCUGCACCGUAAAUCACAACUACAAAUUUUAAACUAACCAGAUUCCUUAUACAGAAUAGCCUCCCAGAUUGAUUGUAUUUCAUUUUCCUCGGAGACAAAGGCAAGCAUAAUGUCAGUACGCCACGAUUGGUAUCAAUCGGAAUCAAAGGUGGUUAUAACGGUGUUACUCAAGAACGCCACAGAAAAGAACUACGCGGUUAAAAUUGGGCCAAAACAAAUACAUAUGACUGCCGAUGGAUACGAGCUAACGUUGUCAUUGCUCCAUCCAAUUGUUGUGGAGCGUUCUUCACACAAAGCCUUCCCAUCGAAGGUCGAGAUAACACUGGCCAAGGAGACUGGCGAGCGAUGGCAAAGUCUUGAGCAAAAACCCAUCUUAGUUGCACCUACAAUACAAACGAAGAACUGGGAUCGCUUACUUAACGAAGAGGAGAAGGCGGAAGAGAAGGACGCCAAGGGCGAGGAGGCGUUGAACCAGCUUUUCAAGAAAAUAUACAGCUCAUCUUCGCCAGAAGUUCAAAAGGCCAUGAACAAAUCUUUCUCUGAAUCUGGUGGCACUGUGCUCAGCACAAACUGGUCUGAGGUAUCCAAAGAGAAAGUCACUGUAAAACCACCGGAAGGCACUGAAUUCCGCGAAUGGGAAAAGUAGUCCGGUGCAACGAAGUAAAUUAAGGAGUUUUGCAUAAUUGCAUUCGUACAUACAUACAUACAAAUAUACAUAAAUUGCAUACUGAAUUGAUAAACACAUUAAACUCAGAAACGUUAUUAACAAAGGACUAACUUAUCCACAUUUGGUUAAAUAAAUUUGAGCAAUGAAUUUGUGAAAAAUAU